AUGUUUGAAUAUUACAAAAGCAAUAUGGAAUAAAAGACAAUCCAGGAUAUUUCAAUUCCUUAUAAUUUUGAUGUGAAAGAAAUACAACAAAAAUUUGGAAUUGAAGAUGCAUUAAUAAUCACUGUACAAAAUGGCUGA